CUCAUAAGUGGCCAAUUUUAACCACCAAUUAAAAAGAAUUAGAAUUAAAAAACUCGCUAUGAGGAAAGUUCGAGAACGUUUAUGUUCAUUUGUGGACGUUUUUACUGAAGUCCAGGAAACCAAACUGAUUCACGUUCAAGAUCAUAGCUGGAUAAGCUUAUGAAGCUGAAGAAAUAACAGCAUCAAUAUGGCUUCUUCAAAUCAAGAUGCCAGUGAAUAUAUAAAAGGUGCUCUUGAAAAACUGGUUGGAUGUCUAAAAAACCUGCCUGUUAUUGUAGAACAACUUCAAGAACAGAAUGUUUUCAAUGGCAAUGAAGUUAGUGAAAUUGAGGCAGAACCAGAAAAGUACAACAAAACCAGGAGGAUAUUGGACUUGGUCUUAAACAAGGGUGAGAAGGCCUGCUAUAACUUUCUCAGAAUACUGGAUCGUGAGAGGAAAUUGGUCUUGCCAAAACCAGAUUCUACUAGUCAAACUCCUGAUUUACAUACAUGGAUCUCCUGGUUCUCCUUUGGAGAUGAGGCUGAAGAUGACUACGUUGAAGGACCUCUCUCAUGCCAUCAGCUGCAAAAACUUUUGAAGACAAGAGGAAAGCUAGUUCUUAGUCAACAGUGGAGUCAGAGCCUGUGGUUUAAUGAAGAUGAAGUACAUAAGUUUGCCUUUAUUCCUCUAGUGUUGGACACAGAGACAGAAAAUAAUACACCCCGUAAUAAAAUCACACUGAAGAGCAAGAAAUCUAAAAUGUUCCGUUUAAAAAAGAUGAAGUCCUACAUACCAAAGGACACACAGACAAAAUCCCCUGAAGAUUUAGUGAAUAGCAGUGAGAAAAGUAUCCUAAUAGUAGGAAAACCUGGAAUUGGGAAGACGACAGUUGUUCAACAGAUGUUACAUCACUGGGCAGAGAGAAGUGACAGAAACCUUGACUUCAUGUUUUACUUUGAUGAAAACACACUGACAAACAUCUCAACUACAGAGAGCUUAGAAAAUCUUCUACUGAGCAAAUAUUUAAUGUCAAAUCCACAGCUUAAAGAAAAUGCUGAAGAAAUCCUGCAGUAUCUACAAGAACAUUCUGACAGUGUGACUAUUGUUUUUGAUGGAAUCAGAGAUUUUCAGAAGAACACGGUUUUGCUGGAGAUCAUGGACCAUGAACUUCUGCCUGAAGCAAAGAUAGUGGUAACAUGCAGGCCUGAAGUAGAGUACGAGUUCUCUGACUGGACAACAUGUAAAGUUUAUGUUAAAGGUUUCAGUGAAGAGUCAAUUUAUGAUUUUUUUAGGAAGAUGACAGUUAAUGAACCAGAGUUGGUAGACAUUGUGAUAAACAAUCCUGCUCUCUUCAGUCUCUGCCACGUCCCUAUGUAUGCUUUGAUGGUGGCAGCCUGUAUUUCAUACUACACUUCUGAAGAAGCACAGAAACACUUCACAGCUACUGAGCUGUAUGUACGAAUAUUUCGUCACUGUCUACAGAGACACGGAAAUAAGACAUUGCUUUAUUUAGAUGGACACAUUAAAGACUGCAGAGACAUGGUCCUGUCUUUAGCAGAGAGCGCUUUCAAUGCCACCAAGUUAAAAACUAUCAACCUGGAGUUUGAUUAUGAUGAGAGAGGCAUUUCUGGUGCUUUUCUGAAGAUUGUCUCUGUUGUGUCACCAGCAUGUGCCAAGACAUUUUGUGCAUUUUUUCACAACUCAAUGCAGGAAUUUUUUUCUGCUCUCUGGCUUCUAGAAAAAUCAGAAAUACUUGAUGAGGUUCUCCAUCUGUGUCAGAAUGAAGACAGUGAACACAUGAAACAUAUAAUUCCUUUUCUCUGUGGACUUCGAUCACCAACCAUCGUUGAUCAUCUGACGUGUCUCUUUCCAUUGAACAAGAUCAAGGACAAUAUUGAUGGGUUCUUUGAGAAGGUCUUAAACACUUUCUUUGGUGAACAACCAGAUGAUGAAAACACUGACAUUGCCUUCAUAUGUCAGUGUCUGUAUGAAUUACAGGCACCUGAAACCUGCUGCUCAUUUCUAGAGAGAAUAAACUAUCAUCUAGUUUUGAGUGAUGAACAUCUUGACCCUUACACCUGCUGUGCUGUGUCCUAUGUAAUCAGACAAUCCACAAACACAAAGGUUCAUCUUGAUUUGGAGAACAGUGCUGUGUCCCUCUCAGGGCUGAAGAUAAUUCUCAAACAUUCACAUUAUCUAAGGCAUUUCUCAACAACACUAAGUCAGAUCUGGACAGUUGCCUUGAAGUGUGAGGAACCUGAUUAUCUGAUAAAUCUGCUACAGUUAUGUGGGAAUGAGAUUCACAUCCCAAUGAGCAGUCAGACAGAUGUGCUUGAGCAAGCUGGAAAAUUUAUAACCCAAUAUGCAGAACAACCAAAUCUCCAUCUGCUCUGUGAUAAAGACCCACAACAGCUCACAGAUCUUCUCUUAAGCACAGUGUUCUCAUGGCUGCCACACAUCAGCUCUCUCAAGUCUCACUUUACAGACAGAGAGAAAAAGAAGAGAUGGAGAAACUUUCUACUGGAUUUGUGUCUGCAAACAGCUCUACACCAACCACAAAACAUCCAGGAGACAGUGAAGAAAGUGAUGCCAGAUAUUGAAGAAUAUGAGGAAGAUGAAGAUUAUUAUUAUGAAGAAGAGAGUGAUUUCCUGCUGGAUCUGUUCUCACAUGUGAAGCAGUAUGAGAGUAAAACACACAGGACUGUCCUUCCAGCAUUGCUUCCAGUUUACCAGUCACUUCCUGCAGUCAGGUUUAAAGUGUCUCACUUUACAGACGAAGAGAAAAAGAAGAGAUGGAGAGAAUUUCUACUGGAUUUGUGUCUGCAAACAGCUCUACACCAACCACAAAACAUCAAGGAGACAGUGGAGAAAGUGAUGCCAAAAAUUGAAAAAUAUGUGGAAUAUGAAUAUAAAGAAGAGAGUGAUUUCCUGCUGGAUCUGUUCUCACAUGUGAAGCAGUAUGAGAGUAAAACACACAGCAGUGUCCUUCCAGUAUUGCUGACAGUUUACCGGUCACUUCCCGCUGUCAGGUUCAAUGACUUUUACUUUACAGACAGAGAGAAAAAGAAGAGAUGGAGAAACUUUCUACUGGAUUUGUGUCUGCAAACAGCUCUACACCAACCACAAAACAUCCAGGAGACACUGAAGAAAGUGAUGCCAGAUAUUGAAGAAUAUGAGGAAGAUGAAGAUUAUUAUUAUGAAGAAGAGAGUGAUUUCCUGCUGGAUCUGUUCUCACAUGUGAAGCAGUAUGAGAGUGAAACACACAGGACUGUCCUUCCAGUAUUGCUGCCAGUUUACCGGUCACUUCCUGCUGUCAGUUUUGAAGAGUCUCACUUUACAGAUGGAGAGAAAGAAAAGAGAUGGAGAGAAUUUCUACUGGAUUUGUGUCUGCAAACAGCUCUACACCAACCACAAAACAUCCAGGAGACAGUGGAGAAAGUGAUGACAGAGAUUGAAGAAUAUGAGGACGAUGAAUAUGAAGAAGAGAGUGAAUUCUUGCUGGAUCUGUUUGUGUGUCUGUGUGUGUGUGUGUGUUUAUGUGCUUGUGUGUGUAUGUGUGUAUGUGUGUUUGUAACUUUACCACUGUGAUUAGAAGGUACACAGCAAAAAGUGCAGUGUUGAAUUAACUCUCAAACAGUUGAUUUUAACACUUUUUCAGAAUUUAUGUAGCUCCACACGCUCUAGCGUUAAAUGAACACUUUAAGACAGUUAAACAUUUUACACUGUGCCACAGUUCAUUAUUUGACUCUGAAAAAGUGUUAAAAUGACACUAAAAGUGAUUCAGAUAAAGACUGUUCUGAGUUGUGUGUUUUAGGAGGUUAGAAUUAGUUUCACUCUGUAAAGCCUCAAAAGAGCUUUGAAGAUCAAAUAUCUUACAAACUGUAAUAUCUGACAUUUGUAUAAAACACCUUUCCUCACUUCAGUGUACUCUGAAUGCAUGAAGAUGUUCUCCAAAAUUCUCUGUAAAUAGUUUGUUUGCCAAAAUAUGAAUGCAGUUAUUAAUCAAAAGUUUAUCACGUAUUUAACAGCAGACUGGAAUUUUACUUUCCAUUGCACUGCAAACAACACGUCCAGCUCUAUAUUCUAAACCAGUGGUUCCCAACCCCCGGUCCAAGUGGACCAAAUGGUACCGGGCCGCCCAAGGAACAUUAAAUUAUUCCCAUUUUAUUUACUGUGGUGUAUUUCUCUCGGGUUUGUGCGACUUUCCAUGGACGAGAGGUUAACCGGGAGCUGAGAGACAUCACCUAAAGCCGCACCAAUGCUGCGCAUGUGCAAAAUAUCAUGAUCUCGGGCCGGGUUUAGGUGACGUCUGGAGCUGAGUGGCUGCAAGCGGCAGUGUGUAUCGCUAUGCUCUCUGUUCACCGGUACUUUGUCAUGUUUAACAGUGCUUGGUGUACGUGUAUAUUGUGUUUGCUCAAAUUUAACCCACAAAUGAGCAAAAAUGAGCAGGAAACAGACGUCGUUAGAAAGUUAGAAACUCUGCCGGUGUUCUGGAUUAAAGUCAUGGCUGAAUACCCUGAGAUUGUCACCACAUCACUUAAAUCCCUAUUGCCAUUUCCGACAUGCCAUCUGUGUGAAGCGGGAUUUUCUGCAGUGGCGGCAACCAAAACAAAACAACGGAAUAAACUGGACAUAAGCGACACACUUCGGGUGUCAUUGUCUCCUAUUACCCCAGAUGGAACCGUCUCGUUGCAAAGAAACAAGCUCAGGGUUCUCAUUGAUUUAGCGUUGUAGUGAGUUAAAAGGCAUGUUUAAAUACAAUUAAAUUAAAAUUAUUAAUUUUAAUUUAAUUGUAUAGCCUCCACCCCCCACCCCCACCGGGCCGCGGUAAAAUGAUCAAACAUUGACCGGUCCGCGGCAAAAAAAAGGUUGGGGACCACUGUUCUAAACCAUCAACUGUAACCCAGCUGGCUGAUAAAACAUCUUUAGACAUUUCACUGGUUUGAUUUCUGACCACAUUCUCUUCUGUGAUUGAAAAAGGGACUUUGAACCUGUUUGGCUUAAAAAGAGUGAAAAAGUAUUGGCCCCCAUAUUUUUUUUGCACGUUUGUCACACUUUAAUGUUUCAGAUCAUCAAACAAAUUUAAAUAUUAGUCAAAGAUAACACAACAUGCAGUUUUAAAAUGAAGGUUUUUAUUAUUAAGGGAAAACAAAAUCCAAACCCACAUGGCCCUGUGUAAAAAAGUGUUUGCCCCCUAAACCUAAUAACUGGUUGGACAUUAACAUUAAAGUUUUACAAACGUGUAAAAAAUAAAAAAAUCAGGAAGGGGCAAACACUUUUUCACACCACUGUAGAUUAAUUCAGAACCAAUAUAAUGACCUACAGAUGAGCAAUGAUCACAUUGCAGACAUGACAGUAAAUUGCAUCGUCCUUUUA